AUGAAAGAUCUGACCAAAAAUAUUGGAAUUAUAGAUCGUGCCAGCUUCUCGCAAGGUGGUUUCGGGACUUUGUACAAAGCACGCUUGUACUCAGACAACUCUCAAGAAAGUGAAAUUGUCGCUGUGAAAUUCCCCAAUCUACAUAGCAUCGAGACGUUUGGUGAUCCAGGCAAUAUCAAUGAUAAAGAAAAGGUGCUACGGCGCUGGAAGCGUGAAAUCAAGGCUGGACAGGGCGUGUCUCAUCCCAACAUAUUACCCUUCCUCGGCUUCUGCAGCAAUCCUGACGCUGAGUACCGGGAAUUCAUCGGUCUAGUGCUUCCUUUCUGCAUAAACAGAGAUGCAAGCGUCUAUGUUCGUGGUAGACCUCACACUGAUCGCAUGCGAAUUCUUAAGGAAGUUGGGGCGGCAUUAUUUGCUCUCCACUCUGCCAACCCGCCAGUGGUGCAUGGGGAUAUCAAGGCACAAAACAUUCUUAUUGACAGUGAGGGGCAUGCCUUGCUAGCAGACUUUGGACUUUCUCGUAUUUGCGAGACAAGUGGAUUUACCACAGACAGUCUCAUGGAUAUUUGGGCAUUCAGUAUGACUAUCCUGCAGAUUCUGACAGGAGAACUUCCUUUUAACGAGCUAAAGAAAGAUUGCGUUAUUUUACUCGAAGUUGUCAUCAACGCCAGAAGGCCAAAGCGACCCAGUGAUUUUUGUAUCACAGACGGACUUUGGACACUUCUCGAGCAUUGUUGGCACCAGGACGCUUCUGCCCGGCCAGACGCACGACACGUAGGCCUAGCCUUGGACCUUAUUAGCCGGAAAAUCGGUGGAGAACUCAAUUCACGCACUAUUUCGGAAAUUUUGAAGGGCCACUUGGACUCAUCUGCAACACACUCCCGGCGUUUAGAGUCCACUACACUUCCUUACAAGUGCAAGUGGUUGCGCUGCGCUGCAUCCUUCAAUAGUCUUGACAAUUGUAUUGUGCAUGAGUGUAGUGAAUUCCUGGAGCAAAAGGCUUGUACUUAG